AUCACUCCAUGAAGUGAUAAUUUGGUACCAUUUAAUGCCAAGAAAUUUUUAUGACUCCCAUAUUGCUGCUUCGUACCCCAUUCCCUAAUUCUUCCUCCCCAACUAGAAUGAAACUUUUCUGCAGAAGGUCACUAUGACUUCCUUAUCACUAAAACCAAGAGCCCCUGGCUUUUCAUGAAGAUGAUGCUGAAAGCAAAGAAGGAAAUCCCUGCUCCUUACCCUCCCAAAGCUGAAGACAAAGCAAAGACUUUGAAGGCCAAGAAGGCAGUGAUGGAAGGCAUCACAGCCAUAAUAAAAGAGAAGGCCUGAAUGUCAUCCACCUUCCAACGGCCCAAAACACUGCAGCUCAUAAAGCAGCGCAAACAUCCUGGGAUGAACCCUCCCAGAAGAAACAAGCUCGACCACUAUGCCAGCAUCAAGGUCACCUCGACCACUGAGUCAGCCGUAAAGAAGAUAAAAGACAACAGCACACUUGUGUUCACUGUGGAUGUCAAGGUCAACAAGCACCAGAUCAAACAGGCUGUGAAGAAGCUCUGUGACGUUGACAUGGCCAAGGUCAGCACUCUUAUCAGGCCUGAUGGAGAGAAAAAGGUGUGUGUUCCACUGGCUCAUGAUCAUGAUGCCUUGAAUGUUGCCAACAAAAUUGGGAUCAUCUAA